UGCUUUUUUUGUUGUUAAUUUUUUAUUUUUCUAAAUUUUUGAUCAUUUGUUUUUCUUUGAAAUUGUAAUGAUUUCUCCUACUAUACUUUCUUUUACACAUUCUCAUUAAUUCCCUCCCUAUGCAUAUCAUCAUUUCCUUUCCCUUUUUUCCCCCAUUUUUCUCAAACUCUUCUUUGUAGGAAAAUGGACAGAAUUAACUCAAAGCUCUACUUGCAAAAUUGCUACAUAAUGGCUGAAAAUGAAAGGCUAAGGAAAAAGGCAGAGUUAUUGAAUCAAGAAAAUCAACAACUUUUAAGUGAACUAAAACAUAGGUUAUCACAAGCUGGUCCUAGCAACAACAACAAUAAUAAUAACAACAACAAUGGUGGAGGAAAAAACAAUUCAAUUCCUGAUCUUAAUCUCACAAAUUGUUCUUCAUCCAAGAAUGCUUCAUCAAAAUCCAAGAAAAAGUGAAAACAAUAAAAAAUUAUUUGAAGGGGUCCAAUCUAGUCAUUGAACUAAUAUUAUGUUACUUUUUUUUUUUUAAUUUUAUUUUGGAGGGUGUUAAAUAUUAUUAGUAUUAUAGUAAGGGGGUCAAAAAAAGUAGGAAGUUAUGGUUGUUGGUGUUUUUUUUUUAAAGUUAUAUAGGUUUAGAGGAAUUAAGGAAUAUAUGGUUUUUUUGUCUAUGUUUAAAUAUUUUGUUUUAGUAUGUGGGGUUAGUUCUGUUUUGGAGCUAAGAAGUUGUAAGCAAAUCUAUUAGCUAUAUAUAAAAGAAAUAUAAAAUAUGGUUCCUUUAUAUA